ACUCAUAUGAGGGUCUCAAAUUAGGGUACAAAUCGUUCCUCUUCGUUGCGUAUGGGACAAUCACAAGUGACCUAAGGACCCAGGCACACUGAAGCAUUUCACUUGAUAUGACGCGGGAUUUCUGCUUCAACAAUUGCGUUAUCAAGGUCUUCUUAUUGAUUUCGGUUCAAUUUUACUGAGGGGCUAGAAAAGGAAAAAAUGAUGGAGCAUGAAGCUAACGCAAACCCUAGUCAUAGCAAGAUAACUGGGCUACCGCGUAAGCGAUUUUAUCGAGCACGAGCUCACAGUAACCCUUUAAGCGAUUCCCAUUUCCCCAUUCCGGUCUCACCUAGCCAGGUUGAUUAUUCCGUCCAUUAUCCCCAAUUAUUUCCCUCACCUGAUAAAUUUGAUGGUUCGAAAAGGAUUGAAUUUGCGGACGUUGGCUGUGGAUUUGGUGGGCUUCUUAUUAGUCUGUCAACUGUUUUCCCCGAAUCACUUAUGAUUGGGAUGGAAUUGAGAGAUAAAGUAACCGAGUACGUGAAGGAAAGGAUUUUAGCGUUGAGGGCCUCUAAUCCAGGCCAGUACGAGAAUAUAUCGGUGGUUCGUACUAAUUCAAUGAAGUACAUUCCGAAUUAUUUUGAGAAAGGGCAGCUCACCAAGAUGUUUUUUCUCUUCCCGGAUCCUCAUUUUAAGGAGAAGAAUCAUCGACGAAGGGUAAUCAACCUACAUUUGUUGGAUGAGUAUGCAUAUGUGCUUAGAGAGGGUGGGAUUAUAUAUACAAUAACAGAUGUGGAGGAGCUUGGGGUUUGGAUGAACUCUUGUUUGAAGGGUCACCCUUUAUUUGGGGCUGUUACAAAGGAAGAACUUGAAGCUGAUCCUGUUGUGAAGCUUUUGAGUUCUGCAACUGAAGAAGGACAAAAGGUUGCUCGCAAUGGCGGGCAAACAUUCCAAGCAGUUUAUAGACGCAUUGUGCCAUACGUUUCAAACUGUGAAAUGCAUUGAUGUUGAAUUGAAGUGGAGGAUGCUAGAUCUUGUUCCGUGGAAUCUAAACCUUCAUGUCCAUUUGGUCAAGAAGGAGGUGGUGUAAAGAAAGAUGGAAAUGGAGAGGGGAAGGAAUUGGUAGAAUUUUCUCUCCACUUUCCUCCAUUGGAGCACUUGCCACCAUUUCCUUGAAUCCAUUGUCUUGUGCAACCUUUAUUUGUCCAAGAUGGCUAGAUUCACAUUUGUAU